CAGUCCUGCGUUGGCUUCCGAGGUAAUCGGAUCGGUUUAUUAGAACUUUUCUUGAGCUAGAAGUUAGAAGUGGUGAGAGAGUUCUAAACUGAGAGUAGGGGACAACGUGUCCUGUUGGGGUCGAUAUCCGAGUGUUUAGUGAGACAUCCUUGGAGCGAUACGCAAAAGACACGUGGCCUGGUGUGUUGAUGCUUUAAUUAGGUUAUGAUUGUCGAAUAUUGACAACGAAAAGUAAUAUCCAAGUAUGCCACGGUGCCAAAAAUUGGGAAAAAUUAUGUAUCUCGUUGACUGAGAAGCGUCAGAAGAAGAAAAAAAUCAUCCGAUUAAUCAGAGCGUGUCUGGUUCGGUAAAAAUCUUAUAUUUUUUGCUGAUUUAUUUUUUUGGUGUGUUACGGAAUUCGGUGGCCUGACUGAAUCGAAAGAAGGAAAGGAAAAACUGGCAGAGUAGCAGAAGAAAAAUUUGCCAGCAAGUGCUGUGAGGACUGACUUCACAAAAGUUCGAUACAUUUGAUUGCAUCAGCAGCCGAAAAAGGCGUGUAUUUGUGUGUGAAGCUUCGUACCGGCAAUAGAAGGAAAAUUCGCUCCGCUUCAAAAUGGCCCCGAAUGCCAUCGAGGAUGUUACCCCGGUCAAAACUUCGCUGAAUGACGAUGCAACAAUUUGCAAACCGGCACCAUUCAGCGAGGAUCCAGAUGCAGUCCAGGAGCGAGAUCGCUGUGACUAUACCCAGAGGAUCACCUACCAGAUGGCCCGGUCCGGGACGGCACCCCGAAGGAUUCGGGUCUAUGCCGACGGUAUCUACGAUCUGUUCCAUCAGGGCCACGCCCGGCAGUUGAUGCAGGCCAAAAAUGUAUUCCAAAAUGUGUAUCUGAUUGUGGGGGUGUGCAACGAUGCGCUGACCCAUGAACGGAAGGGCCGAACAGUGAUGAACGAUGAGGAACGUUACGAGGCGGUGCGCCACUGUCGCUACGUUGAUGAGAUCGUUCAAGAUGCACCCUGGACCCUGGACGACGACUUCCUGGAGCGCCACAAAAUUGACUUCGUUGCGCACGACGAAAUCCCAUACAGUACCGAAGACUCGGACGAUGUGUACGCCGCCAUCAAAGCCCGCGGAAUGUUCGUGGCAACCGAGCGUACCGAGGGUGUCAGCACCUCGGACAUUGUGGCUCGAAUCGUCAAGGAUUACGACAUGUACGUGCGACGAAAUCUGGCCCGCGGCUACACCGCCAAGGAGCUGAACGUUUCGUUCCUGUCCGAGAAGAAGUUCCGGUUCCAGAACAAGAUGGACGAGCUGAAGGACAAAGUGAAAAAGGGCAAGGGCGACAUCAUCAGCAAAUGGGAGGAGAAAUCCACUGACUUCAUUCGCACAUUCCUGCUGAUGUUUGGCAAGGACAGUCGAAUCUCAAAUUUCCUAUCCGAUUCGAAGCAACGGAUAAAGUCAGCACUGAGUCCACCGGGAAGCCCACAGGGAGGCAGCGAGUACGGCGAUGACGAUUUGGACAGCCCGGAUUCGGUUCUAGAUUCACCCCCGACCAAGCGCUCGAAUUUGUUGCGAUCUAGUGAAUCGUUGAACGGCGUUGCUGGUGCUGCCGGCCGAACGAUUUCUCUGUCGGACGAGGACGAAGAAGAAGAGGAGGAGGAAUUUUUGGACACACGCUCACGACCUAAUUCCAGUUACAGUUUGGCGGGCGUGGUCAACGGUCAGAACGGGGCGCAUCAUUAGAGAGCUACGGGCGCAUUUUCCCCCCGGUUUUGAAAUCAAUAAAAAGCAAAAAUAUUAGCAUUGGUUAAAGUUUUUCGGCUCGCGUAGAAUUUGAAUCGCGACCACAGAUAUUGAUUCGACAGGAAGGAAGUCGUGGAAAUAGAUCUUUUUUUUUGUUUUUAUUAUCGUUGAAAAUUAUUAUCUACUUGUUUUCUCAUUUAUGAUUUUUUGAGCAAGAACUAUUAGACUGGAACCAAGCUAAACUAAAAUUAUCGAUUUGGAUGAGCCGUGUGAAGCAGAAGAAAAAAGUAAAAAAGAUUGAUAAGAAGCGUUUGAGUGCGAGUGCGAACACAAGAGAGUAGCUAAUUAUUAAUAUGCAUAUACGAGCAUAGUUCACAUAUUUAUUUAAAUUUAUAUUCACCUGCACUUUACAUGGACAGCCAAAAUAAUCGGGUGGCAAGCCAAUAGAGUCUUUGAAGAAAACGUACCUACUUUGGGCCAACAUUUAAGCAACUUUCAAACUCAACGGUUAACGGCAUAAUAACGACUAAGUUAAAAGGAGAAAAAUGCAAAAACCAAACACGCGCCAUUCAUCAUCCUCUGAAAAUUAAUAAUAAUAAGAAGAAAAGACAAAUUUCGUUCAAUUGAUUCAUACUAAAUACUUUUGUUUUCCUGUAAUUUGUAUCAUCCUUUUAAUUUAAAAAUACAAAGCUAAAUAAUCCAAAUAUACCCUACUUUAAUAUCUAUAAUUACGCCUUAUGAUUUUGAUGGUUUGUAUAGCAUACCCACACACACACACGCGCAGAGAUAGGAUUUUGCGUUUAAACUUUAAAAAUAGGACACUCGUUUAAAUCUUAUUGAAUUGUAUCCCCUCCCAAAACCUUUCCCCCCCGGGUUAGUGCCUAGCUAAUUUACUACUGUUGUGAGCUUGAGUUGAGGGUUUUUUUUUUGUAUGGAAAGUGUGAGAGUUUGUUUGUUUGUGUGAGAAACCCUUGAGUGUACGUGUGUUUGAGCAAUUUAAACGAAGAAAUUCCACCCCUCACACGAUCGUCAAGCGGGAUCGGAACUUCAGUUUGGGAGCUUAUUAUUACUAUUCCUACUUAGCUUUUUAUUGCAUUAGGAGGGAAUCUUGUUUGAGUGUGUUUGCGAGAUAAGUUAAAAAAAACAGCUACCGAAUGGAGAUCAAACUAAUGAAAUAUACACUAAAGUUAAUCAUAAA